AUGGACACCGGCCGGUACGACCAGGUCGCAGACCUCAACGCCAUAACGAUGCGGCAGCUCAACGAGGACGUCACGGCCUACAAGUACGACCUCGAAUUCUGCAACGAGCAGCUGACCAACCCUCACAUCAGCCUCACGCCGCAGGAGUCGCGCACCCUGCAGCUGCGCCGCCUCGACAUGGGUCAUAACAUCCGCCAUUGCAACCACCGCAUGGAGAUGAUACGCCUGACCGCUGCCAGCGCCGGCGGUGGCCGUCCCGUCCUGAUUAGCGACGCCGCCGCUGCCGCCGCUGCUUCGGCCCGGAAUGUCUCUUCCCUCACGCCCGCCGCCGCGCGACAGCAGCGCAUCGCCGCAAUCAAGAGGUCCUCGUCAGAGGCCCUGGACAAGUCGGCCUUGGUCACGCCGACCAAGCCAUCCAAGAAGGCCAGGGGCAGCAGCAGCGCCGUCACGGUCAGCGCCGCGGGCACGGCGUCGGCGGUCCUGGUGGCGGCCGCGCCCAAGGCGGAGGAGGACGAAGAAGGCGACGGGGAACACCCGCAGCAACUCGAGCUCAAGAGGCUGGGCUACUGGCGGUGCCGCCUGUGCGUGUCGACAAAGUACCUGCUGGCCGGCGCGGGCCGGCAGCCGAGCGCGCCCUGCAAGUGGCCGCUCAAGGACAUCGCCAAGAUGAUCACGCACUACAUGGACAUGCACACCGAGCACGAGCCCGCGGAGCGGUGCAAGGAGCUGGGCGACGCGCUGGAUACGAACCGCGGUCCUUUCGAGUACUGGCUCCGCCGGUCUCGGUCUCAGAACCUGGAGGACAACAGCAUCAUUGACGAAUGUAUCGAGGAGCUCCAGACGGGCCAGCUCCCUGAUGUUUUGAGGCGUCUUAGCCGCGCUGCUGCCUCUUUCCCGCAGGAGCUCUUACAGAUAGCAGUGAUGGAGGAUGGGGCCAUGCACCGGCUCAGUGAGGAUGAGCAGAGGGCACAGGAAUCAUCUCGCUUCCUCCGACUACCCGCCGAAAUCCGCGUGCAGAUCUACCGCUUCGCCGUCGUCAGGGCGGGCGAGUACGCGUGGAGCUUUGCGCCUCCGGCCCUCGCCCACGUCAGCCGCCAGGUCCGCGAGGAGGCCCUAUCCAUCUACUACAGCGAGAACAGCUUCAUCCUCGGCGCCCAGCACGGCCCCCGCGACACUGUCGACCUCGAGGAGAGCAUGGACAGCUUCCUCCCGCCCCCGGGGUGCCGCCUCGCACGCUGGAUCCGCAAUGUCCGGACAGUCUCGAUGGAGUACACGCAGCCCUACAGCGCGGCCGCCCAGCCGUACAAAUUUCCCUUACUCCUCAAGUUUGACCUUGUCGGUGGGACCUCCCUGGCAAACGGGAGCCGCCGUGGAGUGAGGGACAUCAGCGCGAAGCGCGUCGGCACCGACGAUACCCAGUGGGACAUACCCGGUGCCGAGGAGGCUUUUUACGACAUGCUGGCCAAGGACGAGUAUACCUUUGACACGAUGAUGCAGAACAGGCUUCCUCUUCGUUCCAUCGCGGUCCUGCUGUCAGCCGUGGCCUCGGCCUGCCCGUUGGCAGCUCGUUACGUCUGCCUUUCGUGGUUUUAUCGUGGUAAGGAUAGGGAUUUCGUGGUGUCUUUCUAG